CUCCUCUCAUCUCUCUACUGUCUCCUGUAUCCUCUCCUCUCUCCUCCUCUCAUCUCUGUCUCCUGUAUCCUCUCCUCUCUCCUCCUCUCAUCUCUCUACUGUCUCCUGUAUCCUCUCUCCUCUCCUCUCUCCUCCUCUCCACUCUGCUGUCUCCUCCCUCCUGUCUCCUCUUUCCUCUCUCCUCCAUCCUCCAGCCUGCCCGGUUGCCUGACUGCCCAACAAAAAAUGUUGGCAAAACACCCCCUCCUCAUCGUGUAGAGAAAAAAAAUGGCGGACAAGCGCUAAAUCCACAUCAGAAACAAACACACGUUACAAAGCAAGACGGAGCAAGAGGAGCGUGGACCGGGCCGCUCUCAUUUGGACCCCCCCCACCCCCCCCCUUGGUGGAGGAAAAAGGCGCACUUCCACCGCAGAGGGAAUCGCCCGCUGCUGAUCGGUUAUGAGGUUUUAAGCGUGGAAGCCACUUGUGUGUUGUGAGCUUGGCCUGCAUUGGAGCAUGAGGAAGCCUCUGCCACAGAAAGCUAUAGAAUGGAAAGAAGUCAGAAGGAUCAAGCAAGCCCGCAGUGGACGGCCCUCUCGGGUUCUCUCACAAUACCAAGGGCUUUUCAGUUGGGAGAAAUACCUGAAGGAGACGGGGGCCGUGGCUGCACCCUCUGCUUGUUUCAGACAGAGCCUCGUGCCCCCGCUUAACGAGUUCAAGGCGGGCAUGAAGCUGGAAGCCCUGGACCCGCGGAACACCACGUCCACCUGCAUUGCCACGGUGGUGGGCCUGACGGGCUCGCGGCUGCGGCUGCGCCUGGACGGCUCGGACAACAAGAACGACUUCUGGCGCCUGGUGGACUCCUCGGAGAUCCAGCCGAUAGGCAACUGCGAGAAGAACGGGGGCAUGCUGCAGCCGCCGCUCGGUUUCCGUCUCAACGCGUCCUCGUGGCCCAUGUUCCUCCUGAAAACACUGAAUGGAGCUGAGAUGGCUCCCUCUCGCAUCUUUCACAAGCAGGAGCCUCCCGCCCCGGAGCAGAACUCCUUCCAGCUGGGCAUGAAGCUGGAGGCGGUGGACCGUAAAAAUCCCCAUUUCAUCUGCCCGGCCACGGUGGGCGCGCUGCGCGGCGUCGAGGUGCUGGUCACCUUCGACGGUUGGCGGGGAGCCUUCGACUACUACUGCCGCUACGACUCGCGCGACAUCUUCCCCGUGGGCUGGUGCGCGCUCACCGGAGACAACCUGCAGCCGCCCGGCGCCAAAGCGGCGCCGCCCAGGAGCCUCGGGGCUCUGACCGACGGGAGCGUGGACCGGCCGGCGAUGCACCCGGCGCCCACGGGGGGCAGGCCCCCGGGCCAGAGGGGACGGAAGCCCGGCCGCAGGAAAGCCAAGGGGACGGGGCUGUGGAACCAGAAGGGCCCGGCGGGGGGGGCGGAGCCCAUCAAGGUCCCCAAGAAACGAGGGCCCAAGCCUGGCAGCAGGCAGUUAAACUGGGCGAAGCGAGCCGGCUGGCUGCAGGACGCCAUGGCGGGGCCGGGACGGCCAGGGGCGGGACCGGGGAGAACCCGGGGCAGAUUGCCCGCCAACUGGGCCCACGGCUUAGCUCUGCAGCAGACUGGGGCGGAACCGAUCAAGAUCCCAAAGAAACGAGGGCCCAAACCUGGCAGCAAGCGAAAACCCCGCCUGGCGCCCAAUCCCGUCGCCACGUCUCCGAGCAGCAGCACCCCGGAGCCCGACACCAGCACGGUGCCCACGGACAACGCCACCAUCCCCACCUCAGCGCUGCAGGCCCCCACAGUUUGUGUGUAUCUAAACAAGCACGGCAAGGUGGGACCCCGUCUGGACCAGCGGCGGGUGCAGCAGCUGCCGGACCACUUCGGGCCGGGCCGGGCCUCCUCGGUGCUGCAGCAGUGCGUUCAGGCGUGCGUGGACUCCGCCCACAACCAGGGCGCCGUCUUCUCCUGCCUCAAGUCGGGACAAGGGGGCGAAGUCAUAUCAGCCUUCUUCGACCAGCGGCAGCACACCUUGACCCUGCCGGCGGUCAGCAGCGUGUCCUACGUGCUGCGCUUCCUGGAGAAGCUCUGCCACAACCUGCACUGCGACCCGCUGUUCGGCAGCCAGCCCGUAGCCGGGGGGGGGGGCCCCCGCACGCUCCCCGCAGAGAGAAGAGGUUUUGGAGACGGCCUGUCGACCGGCGGGGGUCCAGCUGCCAAACGCUUCCUCAAAGAUCACAACGGUGCAGCUCCUCAGAAACUGUCCCAAACCGCCCGGCGCUCCACCGACGGCGAGUCCCCCGUGGAGGACGCUGUUGCCGCGUCGGAGCGCUUCAAGAAGAGCCCCCUGUCUCCAAGCUCCAUGGUACCAAGCGCCGGCCUGAGGUCUCCCCCCAAGCUGCUGCACCGACACACCUCCACAGGCUCGGGCGGUUUCCGGGAGGACCCGAGCGGUCCGGACCCCAACCUGUGGACCGUGGAGGAAGUCAUGAAGUACAUCAGAGACAUGGACCCCGUGCUGGCCCCCCAUGCUGACCUUUUCAGAAAACAUGAGAUUGACGGUAAAGCCCUCCUGUUGCUGCGCAGCGACAUGAUGAUGAAAUACAUGGGCCUGAAGCUCGGCCCCGCCCUCAAACUCACCUUCCACAUCGACAAGCUCAAACGGGCCUGAGGGGGGGGGGGCCCACCGUCCUGAUCAGGGAUCCGUGUUUCACGCACUACGAGUUCCGACCAUUUCCAUGUAGCAUCAUGCAUCAGACCCCCCCCCCCCACGUGGUACUGCACACCCUCGUCCUGACCUCAUCCAAUGGGGACUGUAUUUUGUUUUUUUUGUGUAGCACAAUCCAGCCCCCGAAGCAGCACGGGACCCGUGGGACGGUUUUACAUUUCAGUGUAACUGUAAAAGGCCUUUUUAUUAGGUCACAUUUAUUCUGUACAUUUCAUAUUUUCUACUUUUAUGGACUUGUAUUUUUAAACGGUAUUAAGCGCUUUGUGUGGGAUCUGCUUCAGGAACCCUGAAGAGAAAAAAGAAAACACUACACGCACCCCCCAGUACUGGGGGCUGCUUUCGUGACCACAGCAGCAUUAACUAUAGGGAGGAAAGACAGGUUUUAUAAAGGGAUGUGACAGCGCUCCGAUACGGACGCAAAUAGCCGGGUCAUGUGACAAUCUGCGACAAUAUACGGAUCUAUUAUUAGAUAGCAUUAUUUUAAUAAAUAAUAUUUCUGUACAUUUAUGUCUUCUGUAUUUAUUUGUUAUUCUUUUGGAAAGUAAUGUCGAAGCCCGAUGUUGCCUUACUCGCCGCACAGAGGCCCUGCAUGCGGCGCCGGUACCGGAUCGGCAGACACACAAACGGCUCGUUGGCGUCCGUGUCGGCGCUGAGUUACGAUGACGCGUCCCUGGUUUUAAGAAAGACAACAGAAAACACUUUAUUCUGAAAAUACUGCCAAACGGUUUCCUUGUUCUUAUUCUGGAUGUUGUUUACAUUGCCUUGUUUUGUCUUUGUACUUUUUACAUUUUUAUACUAUAUUAGAGCUCCUACAUUGAGAGCCCUUUUAUCAUUAUUAACAUUGUUCAAUAAAUAUAUGAGUCACCUGUU